AUCCCAAGUUCAAUCACUCUCCAAUAAUUAAGAAUAAUUUAUUUUCAAUUCAGACAAAUUAACAUUCAACCUCCCAUUGUGUGUUAAAAACACUCGAGGUAGUCGUUCCACUUAAUACUUAUGAUUUUGGGUGGAAAAAAUGCAUUUAUUUAUUUGUUACUGGAUGUGAUUUCGACUCCAGCAGUUCUCCCACCCCUUUUUCUCAAGCGGCAUCCGUUAACUUUCAAAUUCAUCAGUAUAAUACGCCUUUGCAAGAGGGUGCUUCAACAAUUUGUGAGUUUUUUAAACACUCCCUCAUCAAUUUAAUUGGCAAUCAUUGUGCCCAUCAAGUGCACCGGAAAAAUUCGGGAUAAUUAGAAGCACAACAUGGAGAGUCAAAUCUUCUACUCAGACAAAUACUACGACGAUGAAUUCGAGUACAGGCACGUGGUGUUACCAAAGGAUUUCAACAAAAAAAUACCAAAAACUCAUUUAAUGUCCGAACAGGAAUGGAGAGAAUUAGGAGUACGACAGAGUAAAGGAUGGAUUCAUUACAUGAAUCACCAACCAGAGCCCCACAUUCUCCUCUUUAAAAGGAAAAUCACGACGCCACCACCAGAGAACUUAGAGUGAGAGUGGAACAGUUGAGAGUACUUUAAUCUAACAAUUAACGUAAUUUUUAAGAUUGUCGGUUGCUGAGGGAAGAGCUCAUCGAUCCUGUAUACGUUGAAACCUUCUCAUAGUUAUGUAUAGAAAAUGAUAAGCAUUAGUGUUAUGAGAUUUCAUCGGUCGAUUUGUCAGUAGGACCACGCCUCAUUAAUUUUAUUAUCAAUUGAUUGAUUCAAUUUGUCUUCGUCAUCGAACAGCUGUGGAUUUAAUAUUAUUUAAUUGAUCUAUUUAAAAAAUGCUCUCUGGGCUCUUCCCCUCGCUCAAAAUAAUUCAAUUACAUCGAUAAUUCUGUAGAUUAAGUCUGUAAAUAAUUUGAUAAGAGAAAUGUCUAAAAGUCCACAUUUUCGAGUUUUUUUGUCACUCAGUAUCAUUUCAUUACAUCUUUUAUAAUUAUAAACUCAUGCAAAGCUGAUGCUCGAUUACUCUCGUUAUUUCCAUAUCGUUCAAGCGACUCGGGUCCACUGUUUUGUGUAUAAAUUAGAUUACGGGAAUUAAAUACUAGUAUUUUGUACACGUGCCUUGAUAAAGAAAUUAUAAUCCAUUGGUCAGUCUUCAACCGAGUUUGAGAGAAAAAAAACCAUUUGUCUUUUAUUACGCUACUAAUGUUUGUAAUGUCUUAGUGUUUUUAUUUUUUCAUCAAAAUGAAGAAGUGGCUGUAGAAGACUGAUAGAAACAGGAACAAAUACCUCAUUGAAAUUUUGUUAACAUGAAUGGACCAGUUGGAAAUAAAAACUGUUUUGAUUCUGAA